UAGUAGCACAGAAAAUACCAUCAUGCCAACGGUUAUUAUAUUAUCCCAUAAUGGUAAUAAUAAAAACAUUCAUAAUAAAUAACAAAAUAUUAAUCACAUAAGCCCCAAAGCAUCAGCACAUGAUCACCAACCAAGAAAGCAAUAAAAAUGAAAUAGCUCCCGUCAAUACGUUCGUGGCCUUCGCCUAUGUAUAUAUGACUGAUUAAAAUUUGUUGGUUAUGGUGUCGAAUUUAUGUACACAAUAGACACACACUUGUAAGAGAUUAAGGAAGACACUGUUCUACACUAAAUAAGUCUGAAUAAAUACACAAUGUCUUCUACUUUGGAUGCAAGUGUGAUAUCAGCAGCAGGAAGACGGGUUGGUAGAGGUUGUUCAGGAAUACCUUUAAGACCUUCUGAAAGAAUGCUCUUGAGGCGGGAGUUGUUAUGGAAGAAAAUGCAAGAGAAGUAUACACAGAUGGAAAAAAGCAUUCUCAGUCAUAAAAGCAUACAAAUAAACGAGAUUGGAGAUCAUGACAUCCAGAGUUUAUCAACCUCUUGCAAAGAAAUUGUGUCACAAAAUACACAUAUUGAAUUGCCAGAUGAAUCAUGGGAAAAUAGACAUAAAUAUAGAAAGACAAUGGAUUCAGUUCAGCAUUGGGUCAAUACUUCUGUACAUCACCCGUUAUCUGACUCUUCUGAUAAUAUAUCCCCUACUCACAGUGAACAAGUGGAAACAGAUUUACCUGCUUCAGGGAGAGAAUCACCGCUGUGUAAUUCUUUUCCUGAUAUAAAUAGUCGUGUUCAAGAAUAUAUUACAAGUGGAAAGGCUGUUAUAAAAGAUGUUAGGAAUCUGGACAUUAUGUCUGGGACUUCUGAAAAGGACCAAACACUUGAUGAACUUAAUCUGGUGAAAUUUAUGAAACAAGAAAAGCAACCUAAAAAGCGAAAGAGAUUAUUAAGGCAGGAGAACUGCAGCAAGAAUCCAGAUUCAGAAUCUAAAACUCUGAUUACAAAUAAGAAACAUUCAAGGACAAUAAAGGAUUCUAAUUUGACUGGCUGUUUUAUCAGCUAUAACAAAAGCCCAGUUAUGAGUAAGAAAAAUGCCAUAUCUGGUGAUAAAGACAACCCAUUGCCCGAGAAAUUAAUUCUAAAACACUGUGAAAAGAUUCUAAUGCUAAGAAAUGGAGAAGAUCUUCAUCAUUCUGACAAAUAUACCUCUGUACUAAGGAAAGAAACAACCCUGGAAAAUCAUAAGAGUAGUACAUCUAUUGUAAAAGAUAUCCCUGUUUGCAAAAAAGAAACACUUAUGGAUAUCAGAACACAAAGUGAGCAAAAUCUUUCGUCUGACACAGAAAAGAGUGAUGAAAACUGUAAUAUGUACCCAGUUUCAGUGAUGGAAAAGCCAGUGUUAGGCUGUAAGUUACAAAAGACACUUGAAGGCUGUGAUACAGACACAACUGUGAGCACAGUUUUGUUUUGUGAUAAAAAAGCUUUAACAUCUAGAAGAGAAAUUAAUAUGAAUGAGAAUGAUAUGAGAAAGAAAAGUCUGCAGCUUAAUCAUAUAGACACCCCAACAUCACAAAAACGAAUAAAUGCAGAAAAGUUUAAUAACAGCCAAACUCCAAGGAGUGGAAAGAUACUAUCAAGUGUCAGUGAUGCCAGAGUGGCUAUGAUAGAAGAGCAUGUUGAAAAUUGUUAUACCAGACCAACCAUAAGAAUGGAUGAUGCUCUAACGUCUAGAACAGAAGAGAAUCUAGGGGACUACAGUGGUAGCUCAAUUUUAAGAAAGAAUAAACUUCUGACUAUUGGUAAACAAGUCUUGUUGUAUAUGGCAGAGGGAACUCUGAAAGAUCUUGACCAUAGUUCAUUGUCAACGGAGGAACAACUUUCAGAUGAAGAUGAAGAAAAAGAAAGUUUAGAGUCUAUAGGAGUACAAGUUCUGGGGAAUGGCAGAAAGGACCAGACUUCGGGGACUGACGUUCUAACUUAUGAAGAUGUGAGAGUCCCAGUUGCAAGAGAACAACACUGUGAACAAAGUGAAACUUCAAGAAAGGAAAUUCUUCAGACUCCAGAGCCUGUAGAAAGUUGUAUACAAAUUAAAGGUCAAGAAAUUCUUUCUUCGAAAUGUGUUGAUCUUCCUACCUCAGAUGAGGGCUCUGUUGUUUAUAGUUUGGAGGAUGCUUCUACCAUUAUGUUCAAUCCACUUUUAUCCUGCAAAUAUGAGCAUUUUCUGCCAGAAAUCAGAAAGAAAUUGGAAAAUCUACAAGAAAAUUAUAAGGAGAAAGAUAGAGGAGGUCGACAAGUUACACACAGUGAGGGAAGGACAGGUCACAUCUACGUUUGUUCUAAGAGAAAUUCAGUGUUUGCAGAUCAAAGAAACAAAAUAAACUUAGAUGUCAGUCAACAUCAUCCCAGUUAUAUAAGUGAGACACAAGGCAAUAGCAGGGAUAAUAAGUCCUAUGAACUGACAGGUGACCAACAGGAAGAAGAAGAAGAAGAAAGUGAUACAGUGAAUGGAAAUAGAUUAAAGGAUGUUGAACAGUAUACAUCAUUACAAUCUGAAAAAGAGGAGAGAGCAAAUAAUAGUUAUGAUAAAAUAUCCAAUUCUAUAUCACAGAACAUGUCUAUUACAAAUAAGAGUAACAAAGAAUCCCCAAAACAUUCAAAUAAGUUGCUGCGAUUUGGAACAGAUAAGAUAAAAUUUAAUCAUUGUAACUCUUAUGAUGAAGAUCAUGGUUUUGAGAUGAACAGUAAAAGAGAGACAAAUCCUUCACUUCUUUCAGAGUACGAUGAAAAUGAAGCUGUAAUGCCUGAUGAUGAUGAUGAUGAUAUAUUUUGUUAUAGACCCCCACAACACUCGUCAUUGCAUCAUGAAAGAGAGAGCAACAUAAAUAAAAUAUUUUCUUUAAAUACACAAAACCUUUCUCCUAGAAGUACAAAUUAUAAUAAUAUAUCAGGACUUAGAGGUAAGUCUGAGGAGUGCAAGAGUGUAAGGACAAUGGUUGGAGAUGGCAGUCAUCGCAGUGUAACAGAAACACCACAUCUUUCAGUUGAAUUAGGGCAUGACAGAAUUGGAAACACCAUGACAGAUGAUGGUAAAAACCCAGAACAGUCAUAUGUUUUAGCUACAAAGAGAAAACUAACAAGGUCUUCAAACCAUCCACUUGGAUCAGAAUGUGCUGAAUAUGAAGAUGAUAAAGCAGAUGACGGUGAAAUCACAAGAAAGGGAUUUGUCUUAACCAAAAGUAAAAGGAAACGAGAAACAUCAGAUUAUUUAACUGGAUCAAGUUUUUCUAAAACUGACAGUGAUAACCCAACCAGGGUCCAAAGUGGAGCAACAUCAAACAAAAUUUGUUCAGAGCAUGAUUCUUAUAGACAGCAAUUCUCUGAAGAUGUAAUGGAUAAAGUCACUAGUAGUGAUAAAUUUGAUGAUAUUAGACUGAAAAUAGAAUUUAAGUUAGAAAGUAGUGGUGCGGAAAUGCAAGAGGGCCAUUUACCUACAUCAAAGUGUCUUGGAAAUGAAAAGAAGAGAGCUGUGAUAGCUAAAGAAUGCACCAUAACAGACUGCCAUGUUCUAUGCCCUAAGGUUUGGGAUGGGAUUCUACAGUAUCUUCUGUGA